AUGUGUAAUGGGUGUAAACCGUCUAAAAAGUUACCUCAGCUAAGAGGUCGUGUUGUUGUGCUCGGCGCAGGUGAUACGGCAAUGGAUUGUGCCACAUCGGCACUUCGAUGUGGUGCAAAUCGUGUCACGAUUGUAUUCCGGAAGAGUUUGAACACGAUGCGUGCAGUUCCCGAAGAAGUAUGCAAUAUACAAUAUGAUCUGUCACGAACAUGA